AUGUGCAAUCCUCUUCUUGGCAAACAUGUCUUUCUGCUUGUGUUGUGCGUUGCUGUUUGGAAUCUGCCAAUCAUCUCUGCAAGAAACCAAGCAACCUUGGCAUCAGACCCACCAUUAACCACUGUUCAUAUCAACAACAAUCUUCCAAUUGCUUUGGAAUAUUUUACAAUUCACUGUAAAACAAAUACCGAAGACUUGGGAGUCUAUGAAAUAGCUUGCAACACUGCCUAUGAUUGGAGUUUUCGCUUUGGAGGGGUCACGCUUUUGACUUGUGCUAUAAAUUUUCGACGCUACCCGCAGGGUCGUUUGGAGGACGUGUUUGGAGUCUUUGACAUGUAUAUUGCUGAUAGGGAUAAGAGUAGGUGCCCCACAAACUGCAUUUGGAAUGUGACUGAGGGUGGAGUUUAUGGUUAUAGAGACUACAAUGUCGGAGAGAGUGAUAUCUCUCUUGAGUGGCCUAAACCACCACCACAGAUGAGCUAA